AUGGCCGAGCCAGGCUCGGGGCCGUUAUCGUUGACACGAUAUCGGCCCAUCCUCUACCUCUUCACCGGUGUCGCCGCUACCUAUGCCCUCCUGUACAUUCGCAACAAUCUCCUUUCGUCGCAACCCUCCUCGCAUGCCCCACUCCGACGCCGAAACGCCCUGCGCCGCCCCAGACCAUCCGAUGCUGGGGAGCUCGGACUCGCGGACUCGCCAUCUUACCGGGCUAUAACCCAUUUGGAGCUUCUGGAGCGCCAGAAUGGGAUGUACGGGACCUUUCGCAUCGAGACGGAAGAUGGACGACGGGUGGAAAGUGGACUUCUACCCUCACUGCUCGCGACUCGCGACCAGCUGAUGGAGGAGGUCGGGGUCCCCGCGGACCACGCGGAACGGAUGCGCGAAAUGAUGGAGGACACCUUUCUCGAAUCUUUUCUCGCACUUGAUUUUCCCUCCUCGCAUACUCUACCCGUGGGUAGCGCCGAACGGACAUAUCUGACGGAGCAGUUGCAAAGAAGAGGAAUCUCACGUGCGGGCAUUGAGAGGGCCCUGACCCGAUUCAACGCCGAUGAGAACUACGGCGAUGAACUGCGACGUCGACGCCAGAAUGGUGAACGCGUGACUCUCUCUACUUCGACUUUCCCGGACAACGCCGCCGCACCGCCCGAGACUCAGGACCUGGAGGAUGGGGAACCGGCAGCUGAUGAUCAGAGCGUUUUCUCUUGGAGGGAUGGGAAUAACGAUUCGUCCCCUACAAGGGAGGGUCAGAACCUGCUCAACUUGCUUUACCAUAUCGCAGAGGAUCAAGCCCGGCGGGAUGGCUAUAUCCACCGGGGAGUGACUUGCAAUAGCUGCGGCGCCAUGCCCAUACAGGGUAUCCGUUAUCGCUGCGCCAAUUGCAUCGAUUACGAUCUCUGCGAGACUUGCGAGUCAAUGCAGGUGCAUAUCAAGACCCAUCUGUUCUACAAAGUCCGCAUCCCGGCCCCAUUCCUAGGAAACCCGCGACAAUCUCAGCCCGUCUGGUACCCUGGAAAGCCAGCAAUGCUGCCGCGCAGCCUUCCCCGGCCUCUGGCAAAACGCCUCAUGCGCGAGACCAACUUUGAAAAUACCGAACUCGAUGCUCUCUGGGAUCAGUUCCGCUGCCUGGCAAACUACGAGUGGCCUGAUGAUCCAAACAAACUGCACAUGGCGAUCGAUCGCAAGACGUUCGACCGAUGUUUCGUCCCUAACACUUCUCUUCGUCCACCUCCUCCUAGUCUCAUCUACGACCGCAUGUUUGCUUUCUACGACAUUAAUGGGGAUAACCUGAUUGGGUUUGAGGAGUUCCUAAAAGGCCUAGCUAGUUUGAACAACAAAAGCAACGACGAAAGGUUACGUCGCGUCUUCCGCGGCUACGACAUCGAUGGUGAUGGAUAUGUGGAACGGAAGGAUUUCCUUCGAGUAUUCAGGGCGUAUUAUACCCUGAGUCGAGAGCUCACCCGUGAUAUGGUCGCAGGGAUGGAGGACGAUUUUCUCGAAGGUGGUGCUCGUGACGUUGUUCUCGGGAGCCAGCCUAUCAGCUCUGCAUUCCCCGGCACUAUUUCUUCGGGUGCAGUUUCACGAACCGGCGAAGGGAAGCGCAUCAACCCAGAGGGUGAUAUGGAGAUUGUCGACAAUGGAGGAAUCCUUCGCCAGGACGGUACCGAUACUGGGAAUCGACACUCCGUAAUCGGCGAAGCUUCUGUCAGGCAGCAAUUUGGUCGUACCAGACCAUUGUUCCCGUCCAGGUUACGCCUUCCGGACACUGCGACUGAGCUUCAGCAGCCCGAUACUGCACAGGGCGGUGAGCAUGAGCAUGAUAACGACGACGAGGAUGACGCGAGUGGCUCCGACGGAUCUAGUUCAUCAGGCUCCAGUGCCAACUGGCCAUUGACGGAGCAACUUCAUGCGGAUGACAUAAUUGAGGCUAUCGGAUCGUACGUGACCCCUGAGCAAGUAACCGACCCAGUCGUCAGGGCUCGUUUCAUAACAACAGCUUACAACAGACUACGUGAUGACGACCGAAGACGGAUGGAGGAGACACGCCGCAAUGGUAUCGACGAACGCUGGCGGCGUAGGGCAUUCUAUACCGACGAGGAGGAUGGUGCUACAAUUCCCGACGGCUACCAACCUGACCCCACUUUCGAUGAUGAGCUAACUGAUGAUACCUCCAUGGACGAACAAUCCGAAUCGCACCCGCCAUCCCCCCGCUCCCGGUCUUCUUCCAAGGUUCGAUUCGAGGAUGAUAUCGCAGAUGAUUAUGAUGUUCGAUCCAACCCUUCGACCUCCUCUCGCAGCAUCCCCGUUGGUGAGCGCUGGGGUGGCUUUGAAAUUCCCGAGGUUGAGAGAGAUGUCGGCAAGGAGGUUCUGUACCAGGUCACUCAACAGGGCUUCAAUGAGCUUCUCGACGUUUUGUUCAAGGCAAAGGAAGACUUGAUGAUGGAAGUUCACCGGACUCGAGCUGAUCGUAGAAUCUGGGCCCAUGAGAUUGAACAAUACGAGAACUCACGAACUCAGCAGGCGUCCCCGACUCCCAAAGAUGGUGUCGUAUUUCCAAGCAAUGAGGAACAUCUUCAGGAGAUCACAGACAACAGAUCGCUGGAUGAUCUCUUGAGUCAUGCUGGAUACGCAGUGCACAGUCCUACUUUGGAGCCUGUGGAUGCUCAACCAGUCUUGGCCCCACCGUUGCCUGGUGGCAUGUCACCAGAUGACGAUGUGCGACCAACUCAUCUUGUCGACCCCGAUCAUGAGGAUGGGCUUGGCCAGGAUCAGCCAUUCGCGGAGGACGAUGAUUAUGACGAUGGUGAUGACGAUGACGAUGAAACAGCCUCGGCCACCAGCUCAUUCAACACGGAAGACCAGAUCCGAUACUCCGAGUACGCCUCGUUCGAGGAGACAUUCGACACUGAACCCGGGUCGAGCUUCGAGGCAUUUAUUGCGGACUACGAUCCCACUCUCCCACAAUUCCGUCCUGAAUCGGAUACGACCCGUCCGCAUCUCUCUUUCCGUGACGAACCCACGGUUAUGACAGGCGAGGAAGACAGUACCUUGUCAUCACCUGAUCUCCCAGGCCGACUUCGCCUGGAACCAAAUAGCACCACCUCUCUCCCUGCACCCUCCUCGCCCCAUUCAACCUCCCCAGAGGCCGAGGAAACGGCACCAAAACCCCCGCCUUCCCCAAUGCAACCACUCCCGCCUCCACCUAGAGCAGCGAGUGCGCCACGUGAGCCUGUCAUGCCACGUCAACCCACACCGGAGACCCUCGCCCGGUGGGCAUAUCUCAAUCAAGUUGAGCGUGAGACUAAGGAACGUGGCGGUGGAGCCAAGCUCAAUUUCGAAGAGUUCUCACGUCAAAUGGCAGCGGAUAAGGGCCGCCGCCUGGGCUUCGUGGCGAGCUGGAUUGAGAUGGCUAGCUUUUAA